GCACUCUUGUGUUCAAACCCGAAUGUUUUGCUUGCACUUUCAGAUGGUCGACCGAGAUCUCGGGGAGCAGUUCUCACAUGCUGUGCAGCAGAGCAAUGUUUCUACUGCAGCUGCCACUCAUCCCAACUCAAAGGACUCUCCUACUUUCACUAAUGGAAUGGUCCCGGGUUCCAUUGCAGCCGCAUUGUUCAUCGCCUUUUUGCUUGGACUGUAUGCUAUUCUGUGGAAGUGUAUGGUGUCACCGCCACAACGAAAACACAACAAGUUGAGGGUAAGAGUACAUCAGAGAGCUUCUACGUGAAGACAUGGACGAUAUCUGGCAGCUGUUCUGUUAUCUUGGAUUUUAAAUUUCAUGGACAUUGGCUAAACUAAAUGGAUGAGCCACAUGUGCCUCCUCAGCUUUACGGUCUGCUGGUGGCUUCUGUUUACUUAAAGAGUCAUGGUGACGUUAAACACUGUUUUGGCAGGUCAGUCUGCUUUUUCUGUUUUCUGUGAAUUAUGCACUACUGAGGGAGGCUACAACUCGCUCCAGUGACUAUUGAGCUGCAUGUAAAUGACUCUAAGACAGAGAGAAUAUAGUAUUUUUUUUUUUUUUGUAUUUGUAGCUGUUUUAGCUUUUUUUUUUUUUUUUUCUCAACUGUACCAAAUGGAUCUUUAUAUUUUAAGCAUUUAUUCUUAUUUCGUUUUAGCAUUUCUUUAUAAUAUUUUGGAUUUGAUUAUCAGAUCAGAGUAGCAUCCACCAUUUUAUCCUGUUCUGUCACCUAGUGGUGCCUCGGACAAGCUUAUGUGCACAAUUGCUCCUCAGGAUUUUGUAACUACUGUAUGAGUCUAUAAUAAAAGUAUUUUUUACAUUUA